CUACAUGAAAUGAAAUUUAUAAUAAGAAAGUAAUGUAAAAAAGAGAGGGAAAUUUUGGAGAAAGAAGUGUAGGGGGAAGAAAAUACAUUGGAGCGAAAUUUGAGAAAUGCGCCAAAUGUCUUUGGAGCAAAAGAAAAAUGGCGGGAAGUUAGUGGAGGCAAUUUAUAUUUAUAAUUUUUCUCUCUCAAAAAACCCCCCAAAAACCUUUUUUCUACAGAGAAUGAAGACAGAGAAACACAUAAAGUAGAGAGAGAUUGUUGUUCGAGGGUUUCUCAUUUUCAUCUUAACUUUCUCUCUCCUCUAAUUCACUCAUUUCUAGAAUUUUUCUGCUUAAAUCAUUUUCAAUUUCACAGUUUUUACAUCCAAAUCUGCAUUUCUUCGGUGGAAAUUUCUCCAUUUUUGUGCAGAAUUUGUGUUUUUUUUGGUAAACCCUAGAUUUGGAGCUUUUUCGGAUUCCGAUUUCGAUUUUCUAGGGUUUCUGAGUAGAAAUGGCGGAUGCGAUGGUAAUCGAUGAGGUUCCGAAGCAGCGGACAUUGAAGCGGAAGAGAGAGAAAGUGAAGUUUCAAGUUUUGAGUCCCGAGGAGAGAGAAUCGAGGUUGAAAACCCUAAAUGAAGAGCUUGAGAGCUUGUAUAGGUAUUUCAAUGAAGUUAUGAGCAUUGAUGUAGGUUUAGAGUUGCAUUUUGACAGUGUUUCGUCGAGUAAUAGCUUGAAUGCGAUGAUUGCGCUGUUAUUGGAGGAGAAGAAGUGUUCUUACUCUAAAUUGGUGGGAGAUAUUUACGAGAAAUUGAAGGAGAGAGAAAAUGAGGUUACGAUUGCGAAUGUUAAGAGUAGUGUGCUGAAUGUUGGACAGAGAGUUGCGUAUGGAGUUCCUAGUGCUGAUGCUGAUGUUUUAGAAGAUGAGAUUGGAUCUUGUCUUUGGUGUUGGGAGACAAGGGACAUGAAAUACUUGCCAAGUACUCUGCGUGGGGCAUUGAAAGUUCGUCGUACUUGUCGUAAAAAGAUCAAUGAGAGGAUCACUGCCAUCUUAGAUGUAAUAUCUUCUCUGCAAAAACCUGAGGAUCAUCCAACCUACAAAACUGAUAUGACAAAAGCAGCAGAAAAGCUCACUAAAGUUUUAGCAGAAGCAGAUAUUCAGUUGCUCAUGCAGACCUUGAAUCAGAAAAACGAUUCUGAACUGGCUGAGAAAGAGUUGAAAAAGAAAGGAACAACUCUUAUUAAGGAGUUUGAGAAAAAUAAACGUGAAGUAGAGAAGGAGAAGAAAAAGAUAGAUCGUGAGCUUCAGAAAGAAAAGCUGCAUAGUGAGAAGGAGAAGAAGCGCUUGCAACAAGAGGCUGAGAGAGAUGAAAAGCGUCGCGAAAAAGAAGAAUCUGAAAUGAGGAAACAGCUUAAGAGGAAGCAAGAGGAAGCUGAGAGGGAGCAACGUCGAAAAGAGAAGGAAGAAGCUGAACUUAAGAAGCAACUCGCCAUUCAAAAGCAAGCUUCAAUUAUGGAACGCUUCCUAAAAAAAAGCAGGACUGCUGUAACAUCUCAGAGUGAAGAAUCUCCAAAAGCUGCUACUUUCAAAUCAUUACCAAGUGGAAGUACUCUUGAACCAGUCUCUCUUCAGAUGGAUACCGCUCUGCAACAUCAGGAAGAGAUUGAUGUGGACGAGAUUCGCAAGUCUCAUAUGAGUUCUUGGUGCCGCUUAGGCCACUCUAUUCGGUCAAACUCUAAGCAACGUUGGGGUUUACGUCAUAAACCAAAGGCCGAGCUAAUCAAGGAGCUAAAGCUCACUUCUAAUAAGGGACCAGCUCGUGAUGAUGACUUGUGGAUAGAAGAUAGCGUUGUAGAUGGAUGGGGACCAUCGAGUACUGAUGACAAAUCGUGCCAUGCCAAUACAAGUACUUCAUCUGGUAGCAGCAACAACUUGCGAAGAAAGCAACUCCUACAGUUUGCUAAAAGCUGUAGGCCUGCAUUCUAUGGCAUUUGGCCAAAGAAAAGUCGUGUCAUUGGACCACGUCAUCCAUAUAACAAGGAUCCCGAUUUGGAUUAUGAUAUUGAUAGUGAUGAAGAGUGGGAGGAGGAGGAUCCUGGUGAAAGCAUUUCAGAUUCUGAGAAGGAAGAGGAAGAAACUUUGGAUGAUGGUUUUUUGAAAGUCGAUGAUGAUGAUGAAGAGAGUGAGGAUGACUUUUUUGUACCAGAUGGCUAUUUCUCAGAAAAUGAGGGAGUGGAAAUUGAUAGAAGUCAAAGUAAGGAGGAUGAUACCCAUAUUCCACUUGAUUGCAAGUCAGAAGCUCUAGAUGAAGAAAAUUCUGCCUGGAUGCGACAACAGAAGUAUUUGCACAAUAUGACUGAGCAUGCUCUGAGAAAGAAUCAGCCUCUUAUCAUUGUAAAUAUGAUGCAUGAUAAAGCUCACUUGUUAUCAGCUGCAGAUCUUUCUGGCAGUCUGAAGGUUGAGCAAAUGUGCUUGCAAGCUCUUAGUAUGCGUGUUUUUCCUGGUGGGUUGUGUAUAGAGGUACCAUCUGAUAAAAAUUUGCAAGAAGAGAAUCAAGAAGCUUGCACCUCAAAUAGCAAGGGCACCUCAGUAGCAACAGGGGUGGCUACAACAAUACCAGAUUCUGACCUUCCUAAAAUCGUAUCGGUCAUUCAAUCCUGCCCACAGGGUAUCAACAGGGUGUUGGAUUCCUUGCAGCAGAGUUUUCCUGAUACUCCUAAGACUCACCUGAGAAAUAAAAUCCGUGAGAUAUCAGAAUUUGUUGAUAAUCGUUGGAAGGUCAAAAAAGAGAUCUUGGUUAAGCUGGGAAUGUCAAGUUCACCAGAGAAUGGAAAGAGAACUAAAAGCAUCGCCACAUUUUUCUCGAAAAGGUGCUUGCCUCCUGCUGAUCACGUUGUUAAUCCCUGUGAGUCCUCUCCUGAGUCCAUGAAGCCUGGUUCAUCUAGCCAACAGCAGCCGCAGCUGGAAUGCCCAGAAAACCGGUAGUCUCUUUGCCUGGAGCCUGGUGGAUUUUCUUCUAUGCUUCAGGUUCAAUUUUUGCCUCUGAAAUAUUGAGGCUUUGUAUCUACAAUUCUAUGUCGAUGUAGAUUAGAAUGGUUCAUUUUGUUGCUUAUAAGAAAUUUCCUUUUUUUUUUUUGAGAACUUAAGAUCCUUGUAUCCUUUUCCCAAUCCCAGUAGCACAACUACUAUGAAAUUAUGCAAAUAUCAGAAAGUAGUUGUAAACAA